CUAAAACCUAACGUCAAUCCAAUCCUGAAAAUCAACAAAAACAAUUUAUUUCGGCCGUCAUAUAUUGAACAUAAAAGUAGUAUUAAAACUUAAAAAUCCAACCCACCCCAACCAUAGAGUUUGGUUCAACUAUGGAGACACCUUGGAAUCCAUCCAGGCAGAUGAGUCGUCCUUUUUCAAACAUCAGUUUGGAUACAGACAAAUUCACUCAGAGACUCUCUGGGCUAGGCAAACCAACUAAAAGGGGUAUAAAAAAAUGUUCCAAAUGUGGAAUAUAUAAUGGCACUAGAAGUACAGUGUGCAAAAACAAAAGAUGUAAUGUCAUCCUGAAAGAUGUACAAGAAAAGUCCAAUGUGGACCUAGAAGCAGUCAAGUUAUUGACUGGUACUGAGAAACAGGUAUUUUCUGUAAAAGUAAUGGACAUUGGUCCAAAUUAUCGAGGUUUUGUCCAGCUUCCUGUAUUUCACUCUUAUCCUGAAGAGGAUCCCAAUAUCCUUUCUGAUGUGGCAUUGUGCUUUGUCAAUUCAUGCCAGAAUCUAUUUGAUAACUCAAUUUUAAGAUGCCAUGAAGAAGAUCAGAGCAAAGGCAAGCUUCUUUGUAACCACAUUAAAUCUGCCUUGAGAAGUAGAAGUACUGCAAGAUUAAUGGAAUUGAAAAAUGAUGUCUUGCAUGCUAUGCACAUUUCUGAAGAAAUCAAAAGUGAAUUGUAUUUGUUGGCAUCUGAGAAGAAAGGAGCCCUUGUCCAAAGAGUCUCAAACUCUGUUAUGGCAGUAAAAUGUCAAGUUAGCUCAAAGCAUCCACUUGGGUACUUACAUUUCACUUUUGUCAAAGAAAAGGCAAAGGAUUUUUUUGGAAAAUACUACUGUAGCUGUACACAUUUCUUAGAUCUUGAUAAGUCACUAGAAGGAUCCAGACAGACAAAGCAAAAAUGUCACCACUAUUAUGCUUGUAUUUGGGCUUUAAUGAGUGAGAAUGAGCAGGAUGAAGAAUUCUCUUAUUUUCGAAGACAUGAGGUGUCAUGUAACAUAUCAGAUAGCCCCAGCUUGAAAAAUAGCAGAUAUGAUUUUUUACUGGCUAAUGCAGACCAAUUCACUAGUAAAGGAAAUUUGCAUAUAAACCAAACUGAAUCAAUUCCUUCUUCAUAUACAAGUAAAAGUCUUCGUGGAAUUAAUAUAAAAAAUAGGAAAAAAAUCAAAAGGGAUAAAUCACUCAAGAAAAGAGAAUUGUUCAGGAAAUGUCGCAGCAUUCUUCCGAAUGUAUUGCCAAUUGAAAUACAAGUUUUGAAUAAUCCUGCAACAAUAGAAGAGAAAUAUUCUUGGGGCUUCAUGGACUGGUUAUCCUAUGUUACAGAAUGCAUAAACAAGACAAUGCAAUUUGACAAUUAUGGAAUAGUGAAUUCGCUUGGUUUCCAAAUACCUGAGAACUUUUACCAGUGUUUCAAAAACAGAAUACCUAGUAUCUAUGAACCAACCCAACUAGGUUACUCAUUCGUCUACAAUGUGAUGAAUAUUUUACAUCUCAAGGAAAUUUUCGAUACAUCACAGAUGAAAUUGAGAAUAUCAAAAAAGUUUGUUCAUGACGAACAAAAUGGUUAUGUGGAAUAUGACGAAGCCCAGGACGAGGGGGAAGAAAGAGUUGAUUCUUUCCACUAUCCGUUUAUAUUCUUCUUCAAUGUUGGAGAGUCGACAGUUGAUGAGAGUGACAACAUGAACAAUUCGUUCUACAUUGAAUGGACACCAUCAAUAACUAGUGUAACCAACAUUGGCCAGCUGAAAUUUCAGUACAAAUAUGGAAGAAAGGGUACUUGAGAUAAAGCUAAUGAGUUGAGAUUUGUGAGAUAUACACAUUAA